GAGUCGACGACGCCGUACGCGGAGAAAUCCACGACAGCCUACGAAGAAAAAUCGAUGACGGCCUAUGGAGCGGAUUCAGCAACAGCCUACGAGCUGACAUCGAUGGCAGCCCAUGAAGAGGAGUCAACAAGAACUUACGAAGUGGAAUCAACAAUGGCUUACGAAGAGGAAUCGACGACAGCCUAUGAGGAGGGGACAUCUACGACAGCCCCCGAAGUGGAAGCAGCAACGGCCCCCGAGGAGGAAUCAGCAAAAGCCUACGAAGAGGAAUCGACCACGGCCUAUGAGGAGGAGAAAUCAACGACAGCCUCCGAAGUGGAAUCAACAGCAGCUUCCGAAGAGGAAUCAACAACGGCCUACGAAGAGGAAUCGACCAAAGCCUAUGAGGAGGAGAAAUCGACGACAGCCUCGGAAGUGGAAUCAGCAGCAGCCCCCGAGGAGGAAUCAACAACGGCUUACGAAGAGGAAUCCACGACAACCUAUGAAGAGAAAUCGACGACAGCCUACGAAGCGGAAGA